AUGAGAGGUCGUGCAGUCACCUUCAAGGAGGACAUGCGGACCUUGAAUGAUGUCAUGCGAGCUGCCAAGCAUCCAAAAGGUGCCGUGCAGCUGAAGCUCCGCGAGAUCGAGCGGGGGACUUUCUCGGCGCGCAGCUAUUCGCCCCUUGGACCGACGCCUGCUGAGAAGCAGGACAUGGAGCGCGCUGCCAAAGAGAAGGCCGAGAAGGAGGGCGAACGAAAAGAGGAGGCGGAGAGGCCGCGGCCCAGAAGAGGCGCGAGGGUCGCCGGCGGAGGAGCCGCUCCCGCUCCCGGAGGCGCUCCGAGCGCGACUGAGCCCAGCCGAGCAGGGGAAAAAGGAGGAGAGCUGGGCCGAGCUGGCUGGGAGUCCUCUUCCGCGCAUUUGUUGUUGUUGCUGCCGUGCUUCGGAGAUUCUGCCUUUUUCGCAGUGCGGCUCAAGCGAGAGUGGCCGCUCCUCCUCCAAUCGCCGGCAGAUGGCACAGAGUAA